UUUGCGAGUCGGAAUGUAUUGUCGACGAACCAAACAUUAGCGGAACCACUACCGACAAUUCAAGAAGGCAGCAAAGCGCAGGGUUGAAAAAAAUCCUUUUAUUUUCGUAAUGUCCGACGAGGAAGAGGAUUAUAUGUCCGAUGCUUUCCUCAGUCAAAUACAAGAUGUCAAACCAGGUGUCUCCAUGGUAAGGCGAGUAAAAGAAGCCAUAAAAAGGGAGGAAAAGCACAAAGACAACAACAUUAAAAACCGUCAAAAAACCUACAAAGAGCAAGAAAAGGAAAGUCGUGAAGCAGCUUUACAGAGCUCCAUUACCAAUCAGAAUAAGGGAUUUGCACUUUUGCAGAAAAUGGGUUACAAAGCUGGACAAGGCCUCGGAAAAGAAGGGGCUGGCAGAGUUGAUCCAAUUCCACUGAAUAUCAAAACAGACAGAGGUGGAAUUGGCAUGGAGGAGGCAAAGAAAAGAAAAGCUGAGGAGGAACUGGAGCAGUAUCGGAAGAAAGUACAGGUCAAACACCAGAAUGAAACCAAAUCGCUGGAAGAUUUCAGGUCGAGAGUCCGAACUGAGAGAGAGGAGCGAAAGAUUGAGGGAGACCUCAGAAGAAGUCAGCGAGCCUGUGAGCAGUUAGAUUCUCAAAAGGGCAUCACAGUCCCCCGGGAAGAAUGGUACUGGCCUAAGGUCUCUGCUGAAGAAGAUGUUGAUGGUCUUCAGGAGGAGGAUGAAGAAGAGGAUAUUGCGGAAUUACCUGCCUUUGACCAACUGCAAAGUGUAACACUGUACUUAAGAGGAAUCCAUUUUUACUGCAUAUGGUGUGGAACCACCUUUAAUGAUGAAGAAGACCUGUCGUCUAACUGUCCUGGGGAAACAGCAGCAGACCAUGAAUGAACUAAUACUUUUAUGUUAUGAAACAGACAAUAGAAUAAGCCAAAUUGAUGCAGCGUGGAGCUAAACUGGCUUGACACCAUAAUUGAUAGAAAAUCUGACACUUUUUCAAUUUGGGAUUUUUUUUUUUGCAAAAUACUGGAUGAUGUUUUAUUUAAAUGGAUGCAAUUUCUUGCCGAUUUGCACUAAAAUCCAUUUUAAAUCACAAUGUAUUGUGCUGUAUGUUAAUAUUAACAUUUAUUUUUGUGUGGGCAGCUGCGUUUUGGUUAGGACAUCUGCCAAAAACUAAAAUUUUAGUUAAUUAGAGAUGGUACAUUUUCCAAAGGUGUCAAUGUUUGGUUGCACUCUACCCCCCGCUCGGCCAAAGUCAGCUGGGAUAGGCUCCAGCUUGCUUGUGAACCUUGUGAGGAGAAGCAGUACAGUAUAGAAAAUGGAUGGAUGUUUACUGAGCUAAAAGUAUUCAAGACACAUUUUAGGCAAAAGAGUCUGUCUAAAGUUUAUACAUAGGUGAAUGGGUAAUGACUGUAG